GGGACUGGAGCGGAGGCCGGGAACUAGGCGGGAGGUCCCAGGGUCUCGGGUUAGGGGGGUGGAGCCGCACUUCGUCGCCGCGGGGGUGCCGGGACUCCGGCCUCAGUGCCGCCGCCAUCACGGACUUCCUGUGGGACAAGCGCACGGGCCUCGCCGCCAGAACGAUGCCUCAUCCUCGAAGGUACCACUCUUCAGAGAGAGGCAGCCGGGGGAGUUACCACGAACACUAUCGGAGCCGAAAGCAUAAGAGACGAAGAAGCCGCUCCUGGUCAAGCAGCAGUGACCGGACACGGCGGCGCCGAAGAGAAGACAGCUACCAUGUCCGUUCCCGGAGCAGCUAUGAUGAUCGUUCAUCCGACCGGAGGGCGUAUGACCGGCGAUACUGUGGCAGCUACAGGCGCAACGACUACAGCCGGGAUCGGGGAGAAGCCUACUAUGACACAGACUACCGGCAUUCCUACGAAUAUCAUCGGGAGAACAGCAGUUACCGCAGCCAGCGCAGCAGCCGUAGGAAGCACAGACGGCGGAGGCGGCGCAGCCGGACAUUCAGCCGCUCAUCUUCGCAGCACAGCAGCCGGAGAGCCAAGAGUGUAGAGGACGACGCUGAGGGCCACCUCAUCUACCACGUCGGGGACUGGCUACAAGAGCGAUAUGAAAUUGUAAGCACCUUGGGAGAGGGGACCUUCGGCCGAGUUGUACAAUGUGUUGACCAUCGCAGGGGCGGAGCUCGAGUUGCCCUGAAGAUCAUUAAAAAUGUGGAAAAGUAUAAGGAAGCAGCUCGACUUGAAAUCAAUGUGCUGGAGAAAAUCAAUGAGAAGGACCCUGACAACAAGAACCUCUGUGUCCAGAUGUUUGACUGGUUUGACUACCAUGGCCACAUGUGUAUCUCCUUUGAGCUUCUGGGCCUUAGCACCUUCGAUUUCCUCAAAGACAACAACUACCUGCCCUACCCCAUCCACCAAGUGCGCCACAUGGCCUUCCAGCUGUGCCAGGCCGUCAAGUUCCUCCAUGAUAACAAGCUGACACAUACGGACCUCAAGCCUGAAAAUAUUCUGUUUGUGAAUUCAGACUACGAACUCACCUACAACCUAGAGAAGAAGCGAGAUGAGCGCAGUGUGAAGAGCACAGCUGUGCGGGUGGUAGACUUUGGCAGUGCCACCUUUGACCAUGAACACCAUAGUACCAUUGUCUCCACCCGCCAUUACCGAGCACCGGAGGUCAUUCUCGAGUUGGGCUGGUCUCAGCCUUGCGAUGUGUGGAGUAUAGGCUGCAUCAUCUUCGAAUACUAUGUUGGCUUCACCCUCUUCCAAACCCAUGACAACAGAGAACAUCUAGCCAUGAUGGAAAGGAUCUUGGGUCCUAUCCCUUCCCGGAUGAUCCGAAAGACAAGGAAGCAGAAAUAUUUUUAUCGGGGUCGCCUGGAUUGGGAUGAGAACACAUCAGCUGGGCGCUACGUUCGAGAAAACUGCAAACCACUUCGGCGGUAUCUGACCUCAGAGGCAGAGGAACACCACCAGCUCUUCGAUCUGAUUGAAAGCAUGCUAGAGUAUGAACCUGCUAAGCGGCUGACCUUGGGCGAAGCCCUUCAACACCCUUUCUUCGCCCGCCUUCGGGCUGAGCCACCUAACGCCAAGUUGUGGGACUCCAGUCGGGAUAUCAGUCGGUGACGAUCAGGCCCUGGGCCCCUCUGCCACUCUAACAGCAGUGGGUGUCCAGUCCAGGACACUGGUGCUUUUUUAUACAAGAGAACAGAGCCGGAGCCCACUUCUUCCUACUGGCUCCCUAUGUACCUGUGAAUAUGUGAAAUAGUGUAAAUAUGAAAGAACUUGGACCUAUCGCUUCAACCCCUGCCUUGUACAUAAUGCUAUUCCAUCUCACACUCUUCCCACCCUCACUUGCCCCUUCACAGAUGAGUUGGAUGGGGGCAGAAUGAGGUAACCAGAUGGCAUCUAUCCCAUGUUUUAUAAGGAAUUUUGUACAGUCUUUGUGAAAUAAAAUGACGUGCUUCAUCUGA